UGCUCGGGCAGCUCUCCUCCGGGUCCUUGCGCCGUUGCGUAGCAGCUGCGAGGACGCUGACCGAGCCGGAAGCGGCGGCCUGGCCGAGUGAGCCGCGGCUGCCUGCGGGGUCCGAGGCGGCCGACCCAGCGUUGGGAUCCGCCGGCCCUGGGCCCGGGGCGGGAGAAGGACGGGCCGUGGAGUCCACGCUGCCGUGCGAGGGCGACGGCGGCCCAGCCUGACCGGCAAGACGGGGACAAUACCCAACACGCACACAACUACCCCAGGCUCAGCAGGCAGGAGCCAAUGGCCAGCGACAGAGCCAAACCCUGUGAGCUCGACCAAGAGAAAUACGAUGCUGAUGACAACGUGAAGAUCAUCUGCCUAGGGGACAGCGCUGUGGGCAAGUCCAAACUUAUGGAGAGGUUUCUCAUGGAUGGAUUUCGGCCACAGCAGCUGUCCACAUACGCCCUGACCCUGUACAAGCACACGGCCACGGUGGACGGCAAGACCAUCCUUGUAGACUUUUGGGACACAGCAGGCCAAGAGCGGUUCCAGAGCAUGCACGCCUCCUACUACUACAAGGCCCAUGCCUGCAUCAUGGUGUUUGAUGUGCAGAGGAAGGUAACCUACAAGAACCUGAGCACCUGGUAUACGGAGCUUCGGGAGUUCAGGCCAGAGAUCCCAUGCAUCCUGGUGGCCAAUAAAAUUGAUGCAGACAUAAAGAUGACCCAAAAGAGCUUCAGUUUUGCCAGGAAGUUCUCCCUCCCCCUGUACUUUGUCUCAGCUGCUGAUGGUACCAAUGUUGUGAAGCUCUUCAAUGACGCGAUUCGAUUAGCUGUGUCUUACAAACACAACUCCCAGGACUUCAUGGACGAGGUUUUGCAGGAGCUUGAGAACUUUGAUUUGGAGCAGAAGGAGGAGGAUGCACCAGACCAAGAGCAGCGUGGCAGCACGGAGAGCCCCUCCCCUUCCUGAGUCAGAGAAGCAAGCCUCUUUGCAUGGACUUUGGGGAGGGGGGUAUCCUUCAGAAUACCCUCCACUCGGCCGCCCUCUAGCUAUGAACAGAAGCAUUGUUGCAGGCCAUCCCCCUCACCGUCUCCCUCCCCCACUGCCCUGGCCCGUGAUUCCUGUCCUUUCCACAGCUGUCCCUCCUCUGCGCCCAGGGAUGGGGGGAGUGGGGGGAGUCUGCAGCAGCAAGCACCCUCGACAGGUGUGAGAGAUCCUGAGAGCAGCAAACCCUGAAGCAAAAUUAGGGAUCAAUAGCCUAAGCCUCCCCAGGCUGCACAGAGGCAGGGAAGAACUUUGUGUGUCUCAAAUAAAAGGAAAUGGAGGUGUGUUUUCUCUCCCAGAACUGACCUCAGGGCUUAUUCAUUGCCUUUCCACCAAGGGAAUGAUUUCUAAUCCCUGAUGGCCCCUAUUCCCACCCCUACAGAUUUGUGGGGCAUCCAUUCUUUUUCCUCUUUAGUCUCCCAACCAACUUUUUUUAGAAAUGGUUUUGAUCCCCCAGCCUUUUCAGGAGCUCUUCUGGGCACCCGUGUCUCACUGGUCCACUGAGGCCUAGAUCAUAGGACAGGUUUGCUGGUACAGCCCAGGGAAACAGGUGACAAGUCCUGCCACCCUUGCCAGUACCACGGAGCACACCCAUCUAGAUUGUAAGAAGAGCUUCCCUUUAAAGCUCCGACAUCAGCAGAUGAUACUUUCCUGCCUUUUUUUUUUUUUAGGACUGUGGUGGGUACUGCUUCAUGGGGCAGGGGGAAGGGCUGCCCUACUGCCUUUCCCACUUCCCUCCAACACGUGUUCACUAGUGUGUAUGAUCAUCUUGUGCAUCAUCGUUUCUGGUGUUUUCAUUUUUAUAGUAAAGUUUGAAUUAACAUAAA